AUUUCACUGUCUUUGAAUAUUCUACAUAGUUGUGCAGUAUCAGACAUACAUAUUCUGUUAUAUCAGACUUAUUUUUAUUUGUGAAUUUCACAAAUAAAUGUUGGAUAAAUACUAAUGGAUCACAUCUCUGGGGUACUGUGAUAUGUAAUAAACAUAAUCUCAUGCCAAGAUUACGGAAGGACCGAGGACUUGAAAGUAGGUGGGGUGUUAAGUAUUAUACAGCAGUGAGAAAUGCUGUUUUUAUGAUACAGACACCCCCUUAUGUGCCACCAGAACGACCUCCAUCUGUGAAGAAACAUGACACAGAGUCUGACACUUUAUAUUUGUGUCCACAAUGCAAAGAUCGCUUUCACUUUCGAAGCAGUUUGGAGGACCAUCAUGCACGAAAAAGUUGGAUAUUGGGAUACUGGUGUCAACAAUGCUUUAUGACAGUUUGUACACAUGAUUCUGUAGGAGGCUCUUUAUGCUCUGCAUGUUCAAGGUUAGAACGUGAGAAACGUAUGUAUUUAAGAAACAAAGGCUUGCAUAAAACUCAAAAGCUUGGGGCAGUUGCACUUUUUUUUAAUCAAUGUCAAUUCCUUGCACAUCUGAAAGCCCAUUCUGUUACAAAUGUAAACAUGGGUGACCUAAUGUUAAUGCCUGUUCCAUCAAACCUAUCUCAAAAUUGGGAUUCUGAUAUUAAUACAAUAUGCGAAGCUCUCAUGGAACAUACAUUUAUAACAAAGGUUCAUAUAAUGGAUUGGUUAAGAGCUCAAAAUAUUGAGAAUGAUUGGUGGCAGAUGAUUGAAACAGAAGAUAAUAAAAAUCCUGUUAUGUCUAUUCUUAAAAAUUACAAAGGUCAACAUUACUUUCAAAAAUUAGAAAUACCAAUACAAGAAAGGGUUUAUAUUUUGAAUAAUCAAUCUGUGUCCAGUUUUUAUAAUACCCAUUCUAACAUUGAAAUGAUCAAUAGUACAGAAAGAAUUGGUAAAGCGAAAAGCUUUUCCUCUGUGGAUACAGCAAUAUUUAUUUCUGAUGAAAAUGAAAUUGAAAAUGAAGACACUCCUUGCACCAUAAAUGACAUUGCUUUUGUGGAUUGUGGGCCUGCAUCGAAACAUUUUGAACCUGAAAUUACAGUGAAUAAUACUUUGAGAAAGCAGACUACAGUUUCUGGAAAAUCAGGUCAGAAUUCGUUGGUUGUUCCGCAGAUUUCUAAAAUGAUAAUUAAAAAAUCUAAAAAAGUUAAUGCAUCAAAAUUGAAUUCUAUAUCAUCUGAUAUGAUUAUGUCAUAUGGUAAUACUAUGAUCACACCAAAAUUUAAUACAAAAGAUUCUCUUAAGAGUCCUGCUAAUAAAAAAUCAAUGAAAAAUACAAUACAUAGAUCUAGUAAGGGUGCAAUGCCAAUUAAGUUAGUUACUGGAAACAGUACUACUAGAAAGGGAAGCAAAGUAACACCAGACAAAAAUAUAUUAAUCAUGGAACCAUUGUCUAAGGUACAAUCUGAUACCUCCUCCUCUGCAACGAAAUCGGAGGCGUGUAAAAAUAAAUUGGAUAAAUUAAAGCAAAAUACAUCUGUUGUAACUGUUAAUUCUGGGCAAAAGUAUGUUACGUUCCAUAAUACGCUACAUAUUGAUAUUAAUACAAUUAUUAAACAGUUGCCACCUCACAUCGUGGCCAACAAAAAAAUUCUUUUUAUAGGACAAGACUCCAAAGCUAUUGCUGUUCAUAACGCGGAAGAGGUGCCUUCUAAAAAGGUAGUACAACUAUUACCCGAUGCAAACCGCGGAAAUGAUAUAAAAACCCAGCAGAAUAAAAUGUCGUCGCAACAUUCACCGGGGAGCGAAUCAUCCGAUAAGGAUUCAAAUAAGAGUGUCCAAAGGAAUCAAAUUGAAUCGGUUAAAAAGAAGUCGCAGACUUUAUCGAAUAAAAUUAUAUGCCAUAAUGGGCUAAAGUAUAUUAUUAAACAAUCUUUAGGUAGUACUAAACAUUUGCAAAACGGAUCUAAUGUGAUCAAAGUUAUGAAAGAAGUACAAGGAGCAGUGCAAUUAAAAUCUACGAGCGAUAUUCCACCGUUAAUACCACUUAAAUCUACCGACGUAGAAAAUUUGUCGACUCCAGAAAGAGUGAACUCUCUUCAGAGUGAUAUCUCUCCUUUAACACCUUCACCCUCUCCGUCAGAAUUGUCAAGUAGUUCCAGUUGCGAUGUACAAUCGAAACAAUCUAAUUUAACGAUAAAGGGCGCACAAAAGACCGAUGCUGCCAAUUCGAGUAGCAAAUCUGCUGCAGAUGUUAAGGCGCGUAAUAGCAACGAUUCGGUCGGGUCUCUGUCGUUUCACAAAGGCGAAGACGAGAACUUGUAUCUCGACAUGAAAUUUCAUACGCAGAAGCCAAUCUAUACGAUCGUCGAUUCCGCGGCGAUGAUCACGAAAUCGAAGCAUGAGAUGCUCAACGAAUUCUUUCAUCUUUCGUAUACGGAACUGAAAAAACGACACGAACACUUGCAACAGCUCAACGAGGAAAUAUUGACAGUAAUGGACUUUGUUCCCGAUAACGUAGUUAAAGAAAACUUGAAGAGCGUUAAUAUCUUACAGCACGUAUUGAGACAUUGCAUGGAGAAGUGUAGCGAAAAGAUUGAUGACGGAAGCACGAAGGAUCCGCAGCUCGAGGAAUGGGAAUCCGAGUACAAUACCACGGGGGAAAAAUCGCUGUGUAAAUCGUGCAAUAAACCUAGGAAACCUGAGUCUUAUAUUCCAGGAUUCUCCAAGUCCACGAAGAACGAUAUUUAUUGUUCUUGUUAUAGACAUGUUUGUCAUAAAUGCGAUACGUAUCAAGGAAAUUCGACGCGAUUCGUGGCUCAUCAGACGUUUCACGACAAAGAGAAGCCAUAUUUAUGUCCAGACUGUUAUCGUAAAUUUACGGUAUUCGGAUCUCUAGAGGCGCACACAUGGACCAGUUGUUUUCAUCCGUUAAAGAAACGUGUUCUCGGUUGCAAGAUCUGUGAAAUAGACGGUUUCAGAGACAUGGAAACUGUCUCCAGACAUUUCGCUAUCAUGCACAGUCAUAAUAAGAUAGCGUGUGAGAAAUGUUACAUCGUUUUGCCAACGUAUUCGGAAUACCAGAAGCAUUGCACAGAGAAGCACUCGGACGUAAGCGACGAACGUCCGAUAAGGCUCGCCUUGUGCAAGCUCGGCCGAUGCAUUGUACGUUGCGAAGAAUACAUGUUGCACAUGGAGAAACAUUUGGUCGUACAAAGAUUAAUAUGGUUCACGUGUCCAUUCUGCGCGUUCAUACAUGUAGAAGCGAAACCGAUAAUGACUCACUUGGAGAAUGAACAUUUGACGCAACUCUACCAAAUCAUAAGCCCUCAAGUACUGUUGAACAUUUUGCCGUCGGAAAUGGCGAGAACUUUCUUGAAGGCUGUGAUGCCACAACCGAAUAAAUUGACGGUUGCGUGCGAGGUACCUUCCGAGGUUGGAACGAUCAUGCCUAAAAUUAUAAACACCAGGACUAUUACGUCCGAAGUAUUCGAGCGUGGAACCGAAGAAGAAGCGGACGACUUCUUAAUGAAGGCAGAACCCACGAAACGUCCCAAAGAUGUUAAAGCUAAGAAAAAUCUAUUCUCGGAUCUGAAUAAAAAUUUACCCAAGAUACUUGACGUUAGAUCGAUCGCUGAUCGAUCGACGAGAUCCUCGAACUUAUCCAUUAACGGAAAUGAGACCGAACCUGCGAACAAAACGUUACGUGCAGUUGCCAAGAAGAGAUUAGAAAUAAAGAAACCGAAAACCCCGAGUAAGAUUUUCUUACCGAAAGUCGAAAUUACAGUAGAAGAAGAAGAAGAGGAAGAAAAACAAGGAACCAAAAUUGAAAUUGCGGAUAGUAGAAGCAGUAAACGGAAUAAGAAAAUAACUAACGUGAAGUUGAGCAAGUUGGAAAUUGAAGAGAUUGACGCAGAUUGUUCUUCAAACCUUCCAAAAGAUAUACUUGCAUCUGUGCCAACGAAUAGAGACGCGCCAAAUCGAAAUGAUACUCUGAACGAUAAGCAAUCUCUCGAAGGGGAUAAAGACAGAUAUCGACAGACAGAGACAGGAAUGGGUGAAACCAGUGAUACAUCUGGCGAGGAAAGUCCGACAAACGAACCGUUUCUAAAACCACCACCGCUUUCCAAAAUACCUCAGUGUAUCUUUGAAUCGGAUGGAGCUCCGAACACUGAACAAACCGUGCAAACAGAAAGAGUGUUUAUGUUCUCCCGUACCCAGAAAACUAGUAGGCAAUUUUAUCAACGACUCGCACUGAACGGUCCGGUGAAAUCGAAAGAAACGGUCUUAAAUUUCUCGUGUCCUCUGUGCGGUGAAUCGAUGAAUACGUUAUGGUCCGUUGUGAGCAAUCAUUUCGAGAGAAAGCAUUCGGAAAAUUGUAAAUUGUCGGUGGUUAAGCCAAUGUUGGUUCGAAUGUCGCCGGAAUUUAUAAACGGUGGCUACAAGGAUGUGCUGCUGGGCAACAGGAAACGCAAGUCGGAGAACGUGUCCUCGAACUCGAAGAGGAGGCGGCGGUGGACUCCGAAAAAGUAUUCCGAGGGAAGAAAUUCAAAUUUCGCGGGAGUCGGACUGUGCGUGACUCAGCAAACAGCGGAGGACAGCGAGGGAAACUUUAGGUGUAAAAAGUGUGAUCAACGGUGCUCGAACAUGACACACUUGAGGGAGCACAUCGCCUCCGCUCAUAGAAUCAGAGGGCGAUAUUUGAUUUGCCUGGAAUGCGGUGACAAUUUCGUGGUUGCGCCCAGCUUACAAAUGCACCUGAAAGCAUUCCACGGAAUAGAUGAUCCCAUAGCGUAUAUGGCUCGGAACACUUCUUAUGCUCCGGACAGUAUCGAUGAUCUCGAUGUCGAGGGAAAGGUCAUCGAGGCGAACCAGUGUCACGUUUGUAUGGCUGUCUUCGAAGACAAGGCUGCCGUGGACAAGCACCUUAGAGUUCAUGGGAUGGCGUUCCUGAAUCGAAAGAGGAUAGAGGCGCGGAACGCCAUGAAGAGCCCGGAAAAGAAAAACGAGACCGAAGAGGAGACCAGACCGACAUCGGUUCAGACUAGUCCGAAGGAACCCGUUCGAAAGGAUAAGCCGGCUGAAACUAUAUUGGAGAAAAUAAGCGUGACCAUAUAGCUAAUGGAGUCGUUACGACUGCUCGCGGCAGAGGCGACAUAGUACAGAUGUAGGAAUUUCCAUUCUUAAAUACGCGAAUCUG